AUGGCUCUCGACCCCCUGAGUGGCCGCAUGCAGGAGCGUCUUGGCCGCCUCGUCGACAGUCCUUGCUCCACUGUUCUUGACAAGCCCCCUGGCCCAGGGCUCAGAGUACCCUGGAGUAACAGAGUUCACGGCGACAAGAGGAUCGCCGUUUUCCUAGCGAGGCACAAUCCGAGCGAUCUCCGUGGCGAUAAAGAUCUACAGGAGCUUCGUGACAGUGUAUCGCUCCGUGGCGCCACCGCGGCUCUAAACGGCUUCGACAAGUACAAGUAA